UUGGGGCAGAGGCUCCCCAAAUUGGGGUGAUCCCCCAAGGAGUGAUACAUAUAUUGUGUAUAUAUUUACAGCUCUAUUGUAAAAGUGGGGUCCCUGUCCCCAGCUGCUCCUGGGGAGUAGAAGCAAUAAUGUAUUUCUGAUUUGUGGGUCCCACUUCGGCUAUGCGGGUUUCUAGGGGGUGGGGGCUUGGGACCAAAGCGUUGCCCCGCCCCUAUGCCCCUCGGGGGUUUUGGCUGUGUACGGGGGUGAAGGACUGCCCCUCCCUUCCAAGACCCCUCCUUCCUAGUUUCUGUUCCUUUUUCCUGGCAGUGAAUUAUGCAAAAGGGGGCGGCAAAGGAAGGGUAGGUGGGGGAAAGCCAGGUGGAAGCUUGAAAGACUGGGGGACUGGGCCUGUAAGGAAGGAGCCAUCCCAGUCCCCCUCCGCCCUGCUCCCGGCGCUGAGUCAUGGGGUCCUGGAGAAGAAGGGGGCGGGGUGGCCUGAUUGGCUCGCCCGCCCCUGGGGGCAGUGGAGGGGGGGCCCCGCCCAGCUAGGGGAGCCGCUCGGUUCCACUCCCCUCCCUGUCCCUCCCUCCCCGUGGCCCUGGGCAGGGAAUGUCUUGUUCCCGCCGCUCCCUCCCCGGGGCCAGAGGGCAGGGCGGGCCGGGCGGCGUCCUACCCUCUUCUCCUCCCCACCUCCUCCCGCCCAGGUGCGAGCCGGAGCCGCCGCCACCGCUGCCGCCCCUGACUCACGCCGCCCCCGGGCUGGCGCAGCGAGGGGUGUGGGACAGGGUGAGGGGUUGGAGGAGCCUUGCGGAGAGCGGGCGAGCCGGCGCCAUCUGGCGGCCAUGCCCUGGGCGGCGAGCGCCCCCCGCGGCCACUGGAGCGAGCUGUCUUCGCGCUCCUCACCCACCCCACCUGGUGAGCGGCGCCCCCUUGCCAAGGCAGUGGGCACGGAGCUUCUCGCUGGGCCGCAGGGAAAAGGGCUGCGGACCUGUGGGAAAGUGAUCCCCUUCCCAGAUCCUUGCCAGCCGGGCUUCCUGUCGGGCGGAGGAGAAUAACCUCCUCACUCUUCUUUUAGGAUUCAAUCCACCCCCAUUCUGUACAUAGCCUCUUCUGUUGGUCUUGUUGAAAUCUAGUUUCAGAUUUUUUAACUACCCAAUUCUGCUGGGGGUGGGGGACAACCCCCCUUCCUCGCUGGGUGCUGGACCCCUUUUGCAGCCUGGGCUCUGCCUUGCACUAUUUCCCCUUCCUGGCCUGACGGCCCCUCCCCCUCCUUAAAAGGGGCAGGUUCAGGGGCCCGGUGCUCUUCCUCUCUUCCAUGCACCCCUUUGCCCAUUUGCACAGCUGCCCAGGUACCCCUAACAGUGGGGAGGGGUCACAGGGAGGGGGUAGCGGGACCAGUCCCUGUAUCUAUUUAAAAAGUGAUGAUGUAAUAUAUUGGGGUGGUGGGGAGGUCGGGUUGUCCUGGGCCUCAUCUUAGCAUUUCAGGUGAUGGGGGGAGCCCAGGGCUGGGGAGACCUGGGGCCCAGCCCCAGAGAGUGGGGACAAUGUGGCCUCCCUUCUCCCUACUUGUGGCUUUCCCAGUCAGUGCCUUAGGGGGAGAGGCACUCCCCCCCUCCUAUUUCCUUUCCCCCACCCCAACCCCCCACCUCGGGUGUAAGCGACAGGAAGAAAUAAUAAUAAUUUAAGAUUCA